AUGACGACGAGCGGGGGGGCUUAUUAUUAUUCUAUCGUCAGAGCCUCGACCACCUUGACGUCAAAAUUGUCGUCGUCGCGAAGGUGUUGUUCUUGCGCUAAAAUAUCGCCUCGUCGACAUCGUCAUCAUCAUCGUCGCAGGAGGGCUGCUGCUGUCAACGAUGUGCGUAACAACAACAACAACAACAACACGAACAACAACGACGAUGAGAACAAAAGUGCAUCUCCGUUCGCACCGAAAGGCUCGCCGGAAGAUAUCCUUCGCGUCUCUCGACAAACCUCCUUCGAAGGACUCAAAGCUGCGCGAAGAGUCGCUUUGGAGGAAAAAAUACACUCGACAGAAACUAUUCACAAGGCGUUUAACGAUAUCGUGGAGAACUCGGUUCGAUUUUUUAAGACGAAAGCGGAGGAGAAUACGAACGAUGCGGACGCGCAGUUCGCGCUCGGGAACGUGUAUCAAACUUUAGAGAUGCCAGAGAAAGCGAUCGAACAGUACGAGAAAACUUUAGCGUGUUCGAAUAAGACGCAUUUGGACGCGUCGAAUAACGUAGCGAUGUUGUUGCAAGAGCGAGGGGAAAUUGACAAGGCGGAGGCGUAUUAUUUGAACGCUUUGACGCACCAUCCGGAAAGCGUGGACGUGAUGUUCAACUGGGCGAGUUUGAAAGUACAGUGUCGACAAGAUUUGGACGGGGCGAGAAUUUUGAUUAAUAGGAUAGUUACUUUAGAACCAAAGUUGAAGAAGCACCCGUUGGUGAAGGCGUUGGCGGGUGAUGAAAUCGACGACGAACCGGACGAAGCGUUCGUGCCGCCGAUUUAA